AUGUCUGUUCACGCCGAACCCAUUCCAAUCGAGCCAGUGGUGCGCCGCAGCGAAGCUGUUGCAAAUUGUGCGACUGAGGUCACCGUCACGGUCACCACCAUACCAUCGUACUGCCUGCCUCCAGCUACUACGAUUUCUUCCUCACCACCUCCUCCUCCUCCAUCGCCCACUACCACUGGGGCUGAACCAUCACCGCCGAUGACAACUCCUUCGCCUCCUUCAACUUAUGGUCUCCCACCAUCUCCGCCACCGGUCACGACCUCUGUCAGCACACCGGUCUCCUCUCCGCCGGUCCCUAUCUCUCCUGAAGCGUGCACCGUCUGCACCACCUGGGUCGAGACUGUGACCAUCCCUUCCGACGAUGACUCCAGUCCUCCCGUCACAACUAUCUUCACGAGCUCUGCUCCGACCACGGGUCCUUGGGGAUGGGGUGCCACAGUUCCUGAAGAGAAGAGCUCUGAGACGACAUCACAACCGAUGGCCUCUGUCACAUCCAGCCAAUCAAGUGUUCCAAAUAAGCCGUACCAGUCUAUCACCACCACGGCUGCUUCUCCCUCGCACAAGCCAUCAUACACCAAGCCUAGUGAUGGUGUCAUGUCAAUGCCGAACGAUGGCGUCAAGGUGGCUGCAAGCUUGGCCUUCAUUGGUAUCCCUCUGGUCCUGGCGCUGUUCUGA